ACAUAUCACCAAACAUGUUACUGCUUCGUGAGAACUGUGAAACAAACCGACACAGCUUUUCGUGCCGCACUGUGAGGCUGAGUGGAGGCUUUUUUUGUUUUCCUCUCCAGACAUUUUGUUUUGUUUUCAUUUGAAAUGUGGUUCUUGUCAGACAGGCAGCGUCGCUUUUUUUUCAUUUUUUUUUUUUUUUUUUUUUUUUUUCUACAGUCCCUCCUUUGUUCGGCUGCUGCGGGGAUUGUAAAUAAUAGCCAAGCAAACAUGGCUGACAUUGCUCACUGCUUACAGAGCUAGCUGCCUGGCUAACGUUUGUGAAUUUCAGCUCUGUAGGUUUGUCUAUGGCCCUUUUCAAAUGAAGUGGCUAACCUUAUUUUGUGUUCUCCUGGGAUAAUUACGACCUCUGCAGUCGGUAAAGGUUAGCUGAGGUUUUAAAAGCCCUUCUACAAAAAUAAAAGACUGGAUAACCAUCACCUGAGAGCCCUGAGUGGGCUGCUGAUAACACCAGAUUGGACUAUUGGAUUACCUGCCAGCAUCUUUCCUUUUUCACCCCAUUUUCACCACACCUUUUUUUUCAUUAGACAGAUUUGAAUUCAUAUUUUCACCCUAGUUUGGCAGCAAGGCUGCUCCCCUACAUCCAGAUGAAUGAAGACCCCAUUCGGGAAGAACGCAGGCCAGAGAUCCAGAGCUGAUGCAGGACAUGCCGGUGUCUCUGCAAAUAUGAUGAAGAAGAAGAAUUCCCACAAAAAACACAAAAGCAGCGUGGGGCCCACCAAAGUGUCUCAACCCCGGCGAAACAUAGUGGGCUGCCGCAUACAGCACAUCUGGAAGGAGGGCAGCGGAGCGGCGUCCCAGUGGAAGGGCACCGUGUUAGACCAAGUGCCAGUCAACCCAUCCCUCUAUCUAAUCAAGUACGAUGGGUUCGACUGCGUAUAUGGCCUGGAGCUGCACAAGGAUGAGCGAGUGCAGGGGCUGGAAGUCCUGCCGGAUCGUGUAGCUUCCACGCGCAUCAGCGACGCACAUCUGGCUGACACGAUGAUAGGCAAGGCAGUGGAGCACAUGUUCGAGACGGAGGAAGGCUCGAAGGACGAAUGGCGGGGCAUGGUGUUGGCCCGUGCACCCAUUAUGAACACAUGGUUUUAUAUCACUUAUGAAAAGGACCCGGUCCUCUACAUGUAUCAGCUGCUCGAUGACUACAAGGAUGGAGACCUGAGGAUCAUGCCAGAUUCAAACGAUUCUCCCCCCGCGGAGCGAGAGCCCGGAGAGGUGGUGGACAGCCUCGUCGGCAAGCAAGUGGAGUACGCCAAAGAGGACGGCUCCAAACGGACUGGCAUGGUCAUACACCAGGUGGAGGCCAAGCCCUCCGUCUAUUUCAUCAAGUUCGAUGACGACUUUCACAUUUACGUGUACGACUUGGUGAAAACGUCAUAGGCGGGCAAACGAGGCGGAGAAAGAAGGAGGUCCAGGUGGUAGCCCAAGAGGAGAUUGACUUCGGAUGUGAUCCACAAACUCUGCCAAAAGUCCUCACGGAACGUUUCUUUGCACCAUCUUAAUGGAGAUGCGGUGAUGGAUAUUUCACUGGAGCCUUGGAUUGCCACUAGUUAAGUGUCUUUUUCUCGUUUCCACAUGAAGGGAUGGGUGUUGUUUUUGACAUGUUACUCCCUAAACAAAACGUAGCUACAUGUUCAUAUCAUCAUUUUUUAGUGUUGUUCAUUCCUGUUGAAUAACAGGCGUACAUCAUUUCCACUCGUGAAUGGGAGGAUCGGAGGUCAGCCUCCAGCUCUUACUUUCGAAUCGGGCACUUUGACGACUGAGAGGCUCAGCUUUUUAAUCGCUGAAAAUUUCAUUUGCUUUGAUGCAGUUCUACCAUAUAGCACAAAGCAGUGGGGAUGAAAAGCUCAGUUACUCCCACCAAAUCACACGUACUACAAAUUUUACUCAUCUGUUUGAUAGAUGAUGCGUAUUUGUAGUUUGCUCACCAGCUUCUUUCAUACUGUGUUGUAUUUGUCCGGUUUUUUUUUUUGUUUUUUUUUAAAUCAUAGAUUCCACAUUAUUCCAUGAUCUGUUGAUUAUUGUAAGCACUAAUGUUUUUUGCCUUUACUACAUAUUGGAGCACUUGGUUAUUUUUGAAAGAUACAUGAUUUAUCAAAAUUCAGCCACUUAUUUGAUAGCCAUUUAUGAGCAUUCAUUUAAAAAAAAAAAAAAAGGUGAACAGAAUUGAUUAUAUAGUUCUCGUGCUAUUCAGCUAUGGCUCAUUGAUGCCUUCGUAAUUGUGUUUUUAAAUGUAUUUGCAAUUUGUAUUUCGUGAUAUUCGUGGAUGGCUCAUAAUUGUCUUAAUUUUAUUACGCAGUAUAUUUUAUUUCACUACAACACGGUUAGAUUUUCACUUCAUUUGUAUUCAUUUCCGAAUGAAUACGCGUAGAAAAAUUGGCCAAAUAUUCCAAGAAUAUUCAGUCAAGAUUAACAAUAGUAAGAAAACUGCAAUAAUAAUUUAAGUAUUCAGGUAGUGCAUCGCAACCCAUUCUAAUCAUAUUUGGUAAAUAAGUAGCUACUUACACAGUUAGCCUUUUGAGAUUUUUUUUUUUUUUUUUUUUUUUUAAACGCUGAAAUGUAUGUGCCUCGCUGUAAAAGACAAGUCUGCUUUUCAUAUUCUUCUUUUGUACGUUCCUAAUAGAGCUGUAUGUAUGAUGACCUGAGGGGCUUUCUCUCCUCAGGAAUGUUACAGAGUUUAAAGUAACGCAUAUACACUCGCAGCCACAUGUUAGUCAUUACCUCAUGCCUUUUUUUUUUUUUUUUUCUUUCCUUCUCAUGAGUGUCCGUUCAGCCCGCUAGAUUUAUCCUGUUAUUUUUAAACAGUGUUCACUUGCAGUCCGAAAAAAGAAAACAUAAAUGUAUAUAAAAAAAAUUAAUAAGGGCACGGAGAGAACUCUCUCACUUUUGAUACACACAACAGCGUUAUUUCAACCAUAGACAGUGGAAAUGAUGUCACAGCUGUUUAACCGUACGACCUUAACGCUUAGCUUACCAAAAAAAAAAGAAAGAAAGAAAACAACAAGAACAACAACAACAAAAAAAAAAAGAACUGCUGUCCAUUAAACCAUUGUGAUUCAUAUCCAUUCGGGAAGACUGUAAGAAAAUCGUAUGCACCUUCAGUAACCAUUGCAGCUUUGCGUACAUUUCAGACUUGUUUCAGCAGUGGCAUAUGAACGUGUCAUUAUGCAAACGGACGCUCAGUUGGACGGUUCGGCCUUUUCUUUACACUUACCUACUGUAGUAUUGUACCGUGUUUGAUGUCCGGUCAACGUGGGAAAUUCAAACGAAGAAAAAAAAAAAAAAUCUGAAUGCUAGGCCAUUCUUUUUUGCAUGAUAUGAGUAGAGUUGUAAGUGUACGUCAGUGUGAUGCAUGUGUACCCGUCUUUUCUUUCAGUUCUUUGUUUCCUAAAUGGAAAGCUUAUUGUGUUUAACAAUUGUGGAAAUCCUUUUUUUUUUUUGUUUGUUUGUUUUUUUUUGUUUUUUUUUUUUUUUUUGUUUUAAAUUCUCGCCCAUUUCUAAAAUGAAAGUGUUUUAUUUUCUACUACGCUCUAUCAGAUCAAAUGCACUGGUGUUUUAUGUGGAGUGCCAACUGAAGGGCAAGGUACCAGUGUUACACAGCAUUUGAGGGAUCAUAUCUACUCAACACGUAAAACAGUACACGUCCAGUCCCUUAGUUAGUACGAAAUUAAUCCAGGGGAGGCGAUAGCUUAAUACAAGAAACCUGUAUAGGAGUUGUGUAAGUGUAUGCUUGUGUGUGUGUGUGUGUGUGCGCGCGUGCAUGUGUGAAAUUUCAUACUGUAUAUCGUACAUAUCUAAUUCAACUUUGUACAUUUGGAAGUAAGAGAAAGGGAAAGUGUAUUUUUUCCUGCUCAAUGCACACAGUGAGAGAGGAAUACAAAAUCGUCAAUAUGGUCCCUUUGAGAUGCUGAUGCUCUUUGAUUACUUUGUUAAAAAAAAAGGAAAAAAAAAAGUGCAAUUUGAUGAUUGUCACAGAUACAUGUAUAGAUUUCAUGUUCUUCGCUUAUAUAGCUUCUAUUGGACGGCAUUUUCUUUUUCUAAACAUUGUAGAUAGUUCAUUUUAUUUGCAUUUAGAAGUAUAAACACAUUUUAAAACCUGUUACUUAAUUCUGUAAGUAAUUUUUAUAAUUAUUAUGUAAGUCUAUCCUUAUAAGAUAAAAAAUAAAACUUCAUGUGAAAUUCGAUAUGACUAUAUCUUUUUUGAAAUAACGGGCCCAGCCAUUUUAUUUCUGUGGAAAGAUAAUUUAAUUACAUUCACAUUACAUGGGGGGGAAAAAACCUGAUUAUUUACCUAAAAGUGGCAUAGUUCUGAUUUUUUUUUUUUCAUAGAUGCGUGGGUAAUAAACCUUAUAUUUUAAAUAUAAAUAUAAAUCUUUAAAUAUCUGAGCAAUACUUUGUAAGUUUUUUGGAAUCAUCUAGCUUUCCGGCCUGUAAUUAUACACAGCACUGUCCGAUUGUAACUGUGCAAAGAAUAACUAUUUUAUUGUUGUUGUUGUUGUUGUUGUUGUUGUUGGAGGAUGUCGUGGCAGACCUUAAGAUGUUGUAUCCUGCUGUUGGCUUGGGAAUGUCUGACAUCUAUGGCUGGAGAUAAAGAAGUCAUGGCUGAGCAUGACCCUCACCAGGAACCAGAAGGAAUAUUAAUAAAUGAAUUAUUAUUAUUAGUAGUAGUAGUAGUAUAAUUAUUAUUAUUAUCUUGUUCAUCAUAGUUAAUGACUUUGAAUCAAGAACAUGAUUAUUUAGAUAUUUACUUUGCUUCUAUGAUUUUAUAUACACAGUCAUAUAUAGAUAUACACACACACACACACCAAUCAGCCAUAACAUUAAUACCACUGGCAGGUGAAGUGAAUAACAUUGAUUAUCUCAUUACAGUGGCACCUGUCAAAGGGUCAGAUAUAUUAGGCAGCAAGUGAGCAGUCAGUUCUCGAAGUUGAUGUGAUGGAAGCAAGAAAAAUGGGCAAGCAUAAGGAUUAGAGAGACUUUGAAAACGGCCAAACUGUGAUGGCUAGACGAGUGGGUCAGAGCAUCUCCAAAACGGCAGGUCUUGUGGGGUGUUCCCGGUAUGCAGUGGUUAGUACCUACCAAAAGUGGUCCAAGGAAGUUCAAACAGUGAGCCGGCGACAGGGUUGUGGGGGCCCAAGGCUCACUGAUGCACGUGGGAAGAGAAGGCUAACCUGUCUGAUCCCACAGAAGAGCUACUGUAGCACAAAUUGCUGAAAAAGUUGAUGCUGGCUAUGAUUAGAAAUGUGUCAGAACACACAGUGCAUCACAGAUUGCUGCGUAUGGGGCUGUGUAGCCUCAGACCGGGCAGAGUGCCCAUGCUGACCCCUGUCCACUGCCGAAAGCACCUACAAUGACUACGUGACCAUCAGAACUGGACCAUGCAGCAAUGGAGAAGGUGGCCUGGUCUCAUGAAUCACAUUUUCUUUUACAUCAUUUGGACGUCCGGGUGCGUGUGUGUGUUGCUUACCUGGGGAAGAGAUGGCACCAGGAUGCACUAUGGGAAGAAGGCAAGCUGGCAGAGACAGUGUGAUGCUCUGGGAAAUGUUCUGCUGGUAAACCUUGGGUCCUGGCAUUCAUGUGGAUGUUGCUUUGACACGUACGACCUACCUAAACAUUGUUGCAGACCAAAUACACCCCUUCAUGGCAACGGUAUUCCCUAAUGGCAGUGGCCUCUUUCAUCAGGAUAAGGCACCCUGCUACACUGCAAAAAUUGCCCAGGAAUGGUUUGAGGAACAUGACAAAGAGUUGAAGGUGUUGACUUGGCCUCCAAAUUCCCCAGAUCUCAAUCUGAUCAAGCAUCUGUGGGAUGUGCUGGGAUAUAUAUAAAUAUAUAUAAUUUUUUGAAUAAUUUAUUUAUUUUUAUGAGUAUUGCAUCACCUAAACAGAUUACAGGCAGAAGGAAGUAAGUGUUGUUGUUUUUUUUAAAUGUACUGUUAUUAACGUCCCCAUAGGAUAGUUUUGACAAAUGAUCAUAGAACAAUGAAAUAGUCUUUAAUGCUGCCGAGUGUUUGCUUUCAGCCUGCAAUUCAGCAAGCUCUCAGCCUGGUGCAAAGUGGACUUCCUGGCCCAAGGAGAUGCCUCUUCUAAAAAUAAAUAAAUAAAUAUACUUAUCAUGCGAGCUUUAGUGGCUGCUGUUGUGAGUGCAGACCAGUGACCAUGUAUCUGGGUGUACAUGGUAACGAGGUGAUCACAGGGAAGAGGACGCUCAAAAUGACUGGGAGUAAGUAAGUUUGUGUUUUUAACCACUGCAGUAGUUUAAGCAAAGAUGUAAUUUUGUUUAAUUUUGCAUGCAUACAAAAAUGUAUUUAAAAUGUAUUUAAAAUAUAUUUAAAUGUACUUUUUCAGUGUGCACAUAAAUAAUUGCUAUUCAAACAAUAGAUUUGUUUGUUCGAAGUUUAUCAUUUAAAACAUACUGGUCAUUUGAAUUGCAUUUGUCUGAAAUAGUUUCUAUUUUGUGCUUUGCCCAGUAUCUUAGUGAAGGUAAAAUACUGUUUAUUAAUGGAUUGAUUUAGAUUCUGUUGAACAAUAAUCAUGCUCUUGCAGACACGCAGGUGUGGACAGAUGUUGCCUGGCAUCUCCUAUUGACCCUUGCAGAGCACUAUAUCAUCAUCUUCUUCCCCUUUUCACACUGUAGAUGGUUGUCCUCAUUUAUGAAUACACAGAGGUUCUGGAUGAUGCAAAAAAAAAAAAAAAAAGUAGCAGCCACCUUGAGGACAAAUAGCAGUUGGAUUUCUAGAGGCUUCAAGAAGAGCUAGAAGGUUUGGAAUAUGAUUAAGGACACAUCUGGCCUUGUAUGUAACAAAUGUUACUAAUAAAUUUAUAAAAUAGAUUGUGAAACCAUGUCCUACAGAUGUUCGAGCUCAACUACAACAAAAGUUAUAUUGUAUGGCCAAAAGUUUGUGGACACCUGACCAUCACACCUAUAUGUGCUUGUUGAACAUCCCAUUCCAGAUUUAGUCCUCCCUUUGCUGUUAUAAAAACCUCCACACUUAUGCAAAGGCUUUCCACUAGAUUUGGAGUGCGGCUGUGGGGAUUUGUGCUCAUUCAGCCACAGGAGCUUUAGUAAGGUCAGGCGCUGAUGUUGGGUGAGGAGGUCUGGGGUGCAGUCAGCGUUCCAAUUCAUCCAAAAGGUGUUCAGUGGGGUUGAGGUCAGGGCUCUGUGCAGAACACUCGAGUUCUUCCACUCCAACCUUCUCAAACCAUGUCUUUAUGGACCUCGCUUUGUGCACAGGGGCAUUGUCAUGCUGGAACAGGUUCGGGCCUCUUGGUUCCAGUGAAGGGAAAUUGUAAUGCUACGUCACACAAAGACAUUCUGUACAAUUGUGUGGGUCCAACUUUGUGACAACAGUUUGGGGAAGACCCACACAUGGGUGUGAUGGUCAGGUGUCCACAUACUUUUGCCCAUUAAGUGUAUAACAAUAGAAUACUUAAAAAUUAUAAGAAAAUUUAAGUACUUCUGAGUUCAGACUUCCCACUUCUGAGUUAAGUUGAGUGCAGGAUUAUGUUCACACAUCUCAUACUACAAAAACAUCAUACUAGUGUCACAUUAGGAAAAGAUUUUGCUGAUGUCAACUCUGUAAUAAAAAACUCACAUAAUUAAGAUUACAGAUCCCAAGUGUGAGAUUUAAUUAUGUGAUAAGUUCAUUUAAACAAACCAGCAAGUAAAUGUCAUUUUUAGUGUACGUACACUCACAUUCAAGCAUUUGUCUCAAAAGUGUGUGCAUGUGUUUGUGAGCGAGAGGAUAACAUGCAAUAAUUAAAAAUUAAUUAAAAAUUGUUAUGAACGGAGGUUUAAUAUAUUGUGAACAGAAUUGUGCUAUAGGUUCGCCAUAUCUUCUCUCCAAAAUUUCGAUUGAAUAAACCAAGUGUCUGAUCAACUGAAACAUAAUGAGCUCUGUAGCAGACACAGAGCUCCAAAGUCGGCUAAAAUGGUCGGUUUCCGCAGCCUUAUUUUCAGGCAUAGUAGAUCACAGAGGCGUGGGGAUGGUGUUUGAACACUACUGAAGUGCUUUUUUUAACUAUAAUAACAUGGUCAUGUAACAAUAUAAAGUAUAAUGUGUGUUUGUCAUUGCAAACUGGAGCUAUCAGUCCACUAUCGAUCACUUAACAGGUGCUGAUGAUUCUCAUCUCGGUAAUGAGACAGGACUCUCACAGGCUCUCCACGAAAGAACGUGAUUGUGUGACCAGCAUGCUCACUAUAUAUUUAACUCUAUGUAAUUACAUUAAAUGCAUAAUUAUUAGAAUGCUUAUAUUGCACAUUUCCAUGAUGCCCAUUUGUGCAAUCCGAUGCAUUAUAUCAUGGUGGAUCGUUACAGAUCGGCCUGACUCAAAGCAGAGUCAUCUUUACCAUCACAUAGCUGAUUAUUUUCCUAAAACAGUAUGUCCUAAAGUGUUUUAUUCCUCUUAGACCACAGCAAUUUGCCAGCGAUUACAAUUUUAAUUUAUAACUAUUUAUAGUUACAUUUAUUGUUGUGGAAUGUCUGUAAAAGAAGUUAGUUCCUGUUAUCACUUAUGUUAUAGCAGCUAAAAACUUGUUUCCUCACCAGCCUCUCUUUUUUUCUGUCUCUCUUGAAGUUAACGUCAUGUUACCAAGAAAGCGGAAACUCCUCUGUUCUGAAGAUUCUUCCGUGAGUGCUACAAAGCAUUGACACUUCCAUAAAUGUUAAACAAGCAUCUCCUUUUAGAAAGUUUCACCAUAUCAACCAUUAUAUGUUAUUCUUUGUUAAAAACGUUAACACAUUUUUAAUCGAUUUAUUGAUAGCCUUAGGUUAUGUAGAAUGCCCACCAUAAAAGUCCCAGUGAAUGUUACUAUAUAAAUAAUAAUUUAUAGAACUUAGCAUUAGCGCAUUGAUAUAUAACCUGUGAUUUGAAUUACAGCCAGAACUACUUUCAGAGAUGCUGUAAUGUAAGGACUAACACAUGCUGGUAUACAAAAAUAAUGCACGCUGGGGUGACGGGUAGAUUGUUGACAUGCAGGUGGAGUUUUUAAAAUGUAAUUAAUAUAUGAAACGUUGCGCAUUUUAAUGAUUUAUAGUUUGAUUUGAUGUUGUGGAACACAUGAGAGACAAGUUAGUUCCUGGGCUCACUUAUGUUGUGUGUGUGAUAAACACACAUUCCCUCAUCAGCCUCUCUCUUCUCUCUCUCUUUUCGCUCUCUCUCUCUCUCUCUCUCUCUCUC